CCCUCCAAUUCCAAUCGCUGGAGUUUAUUUUUUCCCUCUAUGAGAAAGAGAGUGGUUCCGAGCAUGGACGGGUUUCUUCACUGAAGUGUAAUCUGCACUGUUUCGUAGUCUCGCACCUCGUUUCUGGGUUUGGGAAAAUAUCACGUACUUCACAAAUUGUUUAUCUCUGACAAAUGGAUAGCAGGCUCAACGGACCCACCUUUCCGUCGAGCUCCGGCGGCGGCACCGCCGUCACAAGAUCUCCGUCCCCCACGCUACAGCCUAACUACAGUAGCCGAUUAGUUCAGACAUGCCUUUCAACUUUCAGUUUUUACACGGACACGACUUUACCCAAUUGACUUCUAUUAUAAUUCGCACCUACUACCGCAGAAACAUUAGAACACUUGGCAGCCAUUGACCUGAUUGAGUUGUGCAAAGAAGCCAAAGUUGAGCACUGCCGAGCAACUAGAGACUUGAGAAGCUGUGGUCGAUAUGUCCACCAUGUCUUGAAUUCAUGUGGACACGCUUCAUUAUGUGAAGAAUGUAGUCAACGGUGUGAUACCUGUCCAAUUUGUAGAAUCCCAAUUUCAAAAAGUGGUGCUAGACUGCGUCUCCGACUUUAUUAUGAGUGCAUAGAAGCUGGUCUUAUUUCAAAAAGGUGUGAUGAGAGAUUUCAAGAAAUAGAAGAUGGGGAGAAACAACUAACUGCUGAUGUGCAACGCCUUUAUUCUUUGUUUGAUGUUACGCUUGAGAAUAACAUGGUUUCUUUAAUUUGCCACUACAUCACAGAUGUAUGUAUGGAUGAAACUGCUGUCUCCAGUGAUCCUGUCAUAGCAUUUUUGUUGGAUGAAGUAGUAGUGAAGGAUUGGUGCAAGAGGACAUUCAAAAACAUUGUAACUGAACUUCAAGGAAUUUACAGUAUGGACGUUUUUGGAAUGAAAGAGAGAUUGAGUUUACUGCUAAAAUUUUCAUUAUACUUGAAGGGCAUAUCAAAUGUGCUAGAUAUUUUGGAGUCAUCCUUUAAGGGUACCCUUUCAGCACAGCUUCAUGAUUUGCACCGGCUCCAAGAGAGCAUAUUGAAGACAAAGCAGCAUAUGGACAUUAUUAUUUGGUGUACAAGACAUCAAUUUUUGGAGAAUGUGAGAUCGCGUUUCACUGAUAGUUCAUCAUGGGCGUCAGUUGUUCGCAAGCGGAAAUCAGAAGCAAUUAGACGUGCUUGGCCUGAUGCAAUAAAUCAAUCUGUGGAGUUAUCAGGACAUGAUGGAUCUCUAUUUAUUGAAGAUGCAUUGAAUAAUCUUGAUUUGGAGGAGGGGCUUAUGCAUGAAAUUGGAGAGGGAUUAGAAAUUGCCUCCUUGCAGAAGGAUGGGGCAUUGUUUUUCAGGUCUGAUACUGAUCAGGCACUGGAUUACUAUCCCUUCAAAAAUCUUCGUGCUGCUGCUGACUUAUUGUUUUUACAUGGAAGCUCUGAUAUGGUGAUUGCAAAACAUGCAAUUUUUCUGUAUUAUCUGUAUGAUCGCCACUGGACAAUUCCUGAUGAAGAAUGGAGACACGUACUUGAGGACUUUGCAACUACAUUUAGUAUUAGCAGGCACUCAUUACUUGAGUCUUUGACUUUUUACCUUCUGGAUGAUCACACAGAGGAGGCUUUACAGGAAGCUUGUCGCCUUCUUCCUGAAAUAUCUGGACCAGCAUCACACCCUAAAAUUGCUGAAGUACUGUUAGAAAGGGGUAGUCCUGAUACAGCUCUCAUGGUUUUGAGGUGGGCUGGGCGUGAUGGUGGACCGCAGAUGACUUCAAUCAGAGAUGCUGUCACUGCAGUACGAGUGAGGAUUGAGUGUGGCCUUCUGACUGAAGCAUUUAUGCAUCAGAGAGUUCUCUGCAUCAGAGUUAAGGAACAGAAUUUCAAUAAAGGAGCAUCUAGGACUACUUCUGAAAAACUAAAAGGCCAAUGCAGUAAUUGGAUGGAGUGGGUGGAGGUCUUGGUGACUGAGCUUUGUUGCCUCUGUAUUAGGAGAAACUUGGUGGAUAGGAUGCUAGAAUUGCCAUGGAAUUCUGAGGAAGAGAAGUAUAUACACAAAUGUCUUUUGGAUUAUGCAAUUGAAGACCCUCUAAGGACGUCAGGAAAUCUACUUGUUGUGUUUUACAUUCAGCGCUACAGAUACUCAGAAGCAUAUCAAGUUCAUAUUAAACUUGAAAAGGUGGAGCAAGACUGCAUUUCAAAAGGUUCUGUAAGUCAAGAAUUUCUACCAAGAUUAGAAAAGGCUAUUCACUGGAGAGCCAGUUUGAUUAAUAGAUGCCUGGAGUUGUUGCCAGAAGUUGAGCAACAGCAACUGAAGAGCGGAAACUUGAUUGAGGGUGCUGUUACUUCUCAUGAAGAAGUUGAAAUUCCUGAUAAAUUUGAUGUUUCUCAGAUUCAGGAUUCCUGGUCAACCAGUUUAUUGAUUCCUUCAUCUGGAAAUCCUUCCCUCACACUGCAUAGAGAUCAUACAAAUGGUUUGUUGAGUUCAUCAACAUUAGGAACUUCUGCCAAAAUAGGCAUGUCAUUUCCCCCUAUUGGCCCUGAGCUUGGUAAUCUUGGUUCUUCAUCAUAUCAUCAUGAUGGGUUAUUUACCAAUAACAAGAGGAUUCCAAGUCAUCAAGGUAAAAUUGGCAAAAUUCUUAGGUAUGAAAACACUCCAAGUCCAAGGAAUCGCAGGAUCCGUUUCAUGAAUGGUUCACCUCUGAAGGGAUUUAACAGGACAUCACCAAGUAAUUCCCAAGAAAGUACACAGGAGAAAAUCUCGCCAGUAGUUGAACGAAAUAUGCUUUUUGGCCACAAUCAAACUAUCAGCCCUAUGUACUCCUGGAAGGAAACAGCUAAUCCUGUCACUAGAUCUAUGUUCAGCUAUCCUAAAGAAUUUGCAAAUGAUCACCCAAAUAUAUCUAGUAGGAAUGCCCAAUUGCUAAAAGAUGAUAGUGGUUGGAAUAUGGGUUCCACUAAUGAUCCAAUGGAUGUUUCUCAGAGCCUUAUAGAGAAGAAAUUAAAUACUGAAGAAAACAUGAAUGGUGGACCUAGAUGGAGAUCUGAUGAAACUAGUGAUGGGGAAGAGGAUGUGGGUCUGGAAAGAGCUAUGGAUAUAGGUUAUUAUGCAACUCCAACACGGAAAACUAGACGAAGCAGAGUUGGCAAGAGAUGAAAACUUGACUUUUUGGUUAAAAGAUUCUGAAAAUUUUGUGGGAAGACACAAGAAAGGGCACAAUUGAGAGAGUUGUAUUAAGAUGAGAGCUUCGGUUUUUUUGGAACUUCGAGUUUUUACAUAUACAUUUACGCUGGUCUCCGUUGUGCAGCUAAUGUUCUAUGAAGCAAAUGUUAAUGUUAAAGGUGCAUUUUCGUAUCCCUUUGCUGUAAUGUUUAUCCAAGUUAUGAUAUUCUCGAUUUUGGAAAACGAUUCAUUUAAAAAUUAAUGUUUGAGCAAAUUCAAAGGCGUUUGGGAGCAUCUUACCUUGUCCUAGUAGACCUAGUAGAGUGAUGUAUCUGAUGUGAAUUUACGGAAGGUCGAGUUCACAAAAUAUUAUAGUCAAGGGAAUGAGUCAUUUCAUCUUAAAUAUUAACAUGAUGAAGUCAUGUUUGAAUUGUGUUUAUCUUUUGUACUUUUAAUGUCUAUUAAUAUUAGGAGAUAUAGACAAAAAAU